CAGCUGCUCGGUCACAUUCGGCUUUUGUCGUUCGGGAGGAGGAAUGGACGAAGCGGACUCGGCAACGAAAGCGCUCGGGCUGGAUGAACCGCCCAUCGACAUGCCGCCGGAGGAGCAAGUGGGCUCGGAUACCGAGUCGGAGGCCGAAGUCACCACGAUGGCCGUAAUGGCGGAACCGGGCAACAUCGACAUGGGAGCCGAGUCCCUGCCGAAUCCAGACGAGGCCGAGGCGGCAUUCGCAGAGGUGACGGCUGUGACGGUGGCGGACGUUCAAACUGCAGAGGACAACGUUUUUACCACGACGGUCGCCACGUCGGGAAGUCUCCCUGAACACGUGCUGAGUGGGAGGACAACCCUCCAGCUGGGUGAUGGUCUCAGUACCCGGAAGGCCACCUUGAUUGUAGUUCACACUGAUGGCAGCAUCGUGGAGGCUACUGGCCUCAAAUCUGCUACCGCGAUGGCACCAGGCCCACAGUCUCCCCCCAACCCGCUGACUCCACCCCAGGACAAAGAUUCUUGCUCCAAGUACAACUGGGACCCCUCAGUGUACAACAACGAGCUGCCUGUCCGCUGCAGAAACACCAGCGGAGUUCUCUACAAGACCCGACUGGGAUCAGGGGGCAAAGGUCGCUGCAUCAGACACAACCAGCAGUGGUUCACGCCCACUGAGUUCGAAGGUCUGGCGGGAAGAGCGAGCAGCAAAGACUGGAAGAGGAGCAUCAGAUACGCGGGCAGACCUCUGCUCUGCCUCAUCCAGGAGCGUAUCCUGAAUCCCCACGCUGCUUCCUGUACCUGUGCAGCCUGCUGUGAUGACCUGUCAGGGUGUGCCAAGGAUGGCGAGACUCUGGAAGCAGAAAACAUCAGUAUGACUGGUCCAGUCCGCCUCUUUGUCCCGUAUAAGAGACGCAAGAAGGACAACGAGCCUUCCGUUAUCUCCCCCAAAAAAGAACUUUCUGCUACCAAAAACAUCACGCUGACCCCGGGGACCACAUUCACGGUGUCCCCGUCAGGACAGUUCACCACCUCUGGCACCUUGACCUUUGACCGCACUCCGGCGAGCGACGCCACCGCCGCCGCCGCCGCCGCUGCUGCCAUCAUCUCAGAGGGCUCGGCGCAGAGCGAGGUGUUCGCCAGCACAGAAGGUGUGUGUGUGUGUGUGUGUGCGCGCGUGUGUGUGUGUGUGUGUGUGUGUAUUCAGUGUAGUCUGAGUCAGUCGUUUCAGAACCACAUCACGUUUGAGCAGCCGGAGGAAUCGGAGGCCAAGAGGAGCCCUGAAAACAUCACCGAGAUCAUCAUCAACCAAAUGUGUGUGAACUGCGGCCGGGUGGCCAUGAGUGAGUGUACCGGCUGUCACAAGGUCAACUACUGCUCCACCUUCUGUCAGAGAAAGGACUGGAAGGAACAUCAGCACACCUGCUGUCAAUCAGCAGGGGGCGUGGCUGUUCAGGAGGAGGAGCCAAUCACAGCCCUCGACAUGGACAAAGUGAAAUGAAGGAGCGCACCGUCACCCACAGUAAACACGAGGUCAUCACGCAGGAAUAUUUUCACAUGGUGCAAAAAGGAGCGAGUCUGUUUUGAAGACUUUAAAUCUCCUCACAGGAACUUUUAUUGUGAAAGUCCCCUCCGACCGCCAGGAAAACACGGCGUCUGAUCUGCCGCUUACGUAUAAAAACGUUAAGACUUUUUAUUCGUGGAGCAAAGAUCGAUGAAUAUUUUCACAUUGACUUCAAAUGAGUUUCCCUACCAGUUCAUCACAAUGUUACAGAGAGGAUGAUAACACGGUUCAGGGCUGCAACUAACUAUUAUUUGAAUUAUGGAUUAAUCAGUCAAUUAUUUUUAUUUAUACCCAUGAUCAUUUUUUUCAUUUGUUAUCUUUCCUCAAUCACUGUGUUCUCUCUGUUGUUUCAUGUUACAGUAUCGGAUGCAUGUGUUGUGCCAUUUUGACUUCAGAUAAACUGAUUUAAAUCUCCGUCCAGAGAACGUAUUGGUUAAACAAAGUCCACUCAUCAAUAUAAAUAAAAAUAAAACAAAAUCAAAUGAACCCCGGCCCCCGCCCUCGCCAAUACUCAGAGAGGAAUUUUGUGUCGUCUGUUGUCAAGAGUAUUUGUCUUUAUCGUUUUGAGGCACAAUCAGCUGUUGUCUGAUUCAAAAAUGACUUGAUUUUUACGGGUUGUUUUCGUUUUUUCUUCCCACUUGAAGACCCUUUUUUUGAGUCUGUUUUCUAUGAAGAACCUCAGAGAUAAUGUAUGUAAAUAUUAUGGUAUAUUUACAAGAUUAUAACAUGAUCAUAUUUUAGGAUUUUGAAGCUUUGUAGUUACAUUUCUUUCUUCUUUUUUUUUUUUUUACUUAAUUCAAGUAAUUCAAACUCAGAAGCUCCAAAAAUAGUCCGGAGCCGCCACUAUUAAACCAUGUAAUUAAACUGAACUUAAUUUUUCCAUAUGGGAUUCAGAAGAGACUUUAGUUGUCAUUCAUAUUGUUUGAUGUUUAUUCAAUUAAUUUAAUAAAAUCAGAUUUCAGGUGAUA